GUUGGACGGGAGGGUGGUAGUCGUGCCCGGUGUGCUCGCGGUGACUGAUAAGUUUUGUAAAUGGCCUUUUGAAGAUCCAGCUUUAUAGUAUCGUAUAAUAAAAUUUUAUUAAUUUUAAUCAAGGAUCUUUAUUGUAAGAAAUGCGUCUUAAAUAAAGGAAAAAGUUGUGAUUACAUAUCGUAAUGAGUUUCUCGCUGCGAUAAGGAAGUGGGCAACCGCUGGAGAUCCUCCUUCGUCUUCGUAGUAAAAUCCUUUGACGUCAUUCGAUAUUUUCAGUAAUUUUUCUAUACGUAGUUAUUUCCUGAAUACCAAACGAACGCUCUCCCGUGAUGACACUUGAUAUUCGCGGCUGAUAUCCUGGAGGGAACAUCAUCGUGAUCACAAAUAAUACUCCAUGCCUGCGAAUUACUUAGUUCGUCCAGUUUUUUUAUAUAUAAAUCCGCUGUUCUGUUAACUGCUUGAGCAGACAAGCCAGUUCUUAUUGAGAUUUGAAAUCGAGCCACUGUUUAAUUAAUCAGGACAAUUAGUGUGACAGUUUCUUCAUUUCUAGAGGUGAUCUUAUUGACCGCCUUCAAGUUUACAUUGCAUUUGUAAGCCUUGCAAUAUCAUGAAUGGCUGGUGAUAGUCCAGGGAGAGCAGUGCGUCUAAAGUCUACGCGAGCCGCACGCCCCGAGUCGCUUGGUUCCUUCUCAGUCAAGCAGUGUGCGAGAUGAUGCACGUUGCCCGCGAGUGUCGGGGCAACCACAGCUCGUCGCCGGCGUCGGGGGCGGCGCAUCAGCACAGCCUCCUCAGCUUCGGCGAGUUCUGCCUUCUGUCCACGGACCUGCAGCGAGGCUACCGUGCCCAGCCUCCCGCGUCUGAUGUCAAGCAAUCACCGCCCCCACCGCCGCUCAUCAGCCGGCAGUGCUCGGACCGCGGACCCGGUGACCCCGCUACCAUCACUGCAAAGAAAACAGCGCCAUGCGAAGUGUUCCUAGGCGGUUCCUGCAAUCCUACGUCGUGGCGUCAGGAUGUGGCCAUCCCCACGCUGCGCGCCCUCGGCAUCUCCUUCUAUAAUCCCCAAGUUACACAUUGGGAAGAAGCCCUACUGGAGCGCGAGCACCAAGCCAAGAGCUCGGCGUCAGUUUUAUUCUUCGUGUUUGACCGCCGGACGCGCAACGUGGCGUCCAUGGUCGAGGUUGCCUACAUGGCGGCGCUGCCCAGGAAGAUCAUACUAGUGCUGGACACUUAUCCUGGACCUGGACACAUCAUCGAGGGAGAACCUAUGAGCAAGAGGGAGUUCGAGGAGCUCUCAGGAGGCCUCAACACCGUCCAAGACCUGGUCGAGCGUCGCGGCAUUCCUGUCUUCUCGCAGCUGCCGCACGCGCUCUCCUGCACUGCUAAGGUGCUACGCGAAGACAUUUGGCCGCAGCAGCUCGGCGCGUGCGACAACGUAACGCUCGUGCGCCACCCUGAGCUGCACGUCAGCCCUAACCUGACGAAGCUGCAGACGGCGUACCGUGGUCGUGCCGUCGUGUCCCUGGGGGAGGCCAGCAAACUCUUCUCUUCCGUCACGGGCAGACUUCUGUCUCAGGAGGAACUGCUCACCAUCAUCGCUGCCAAGAAAGGAGUGAGUGGCAGCAGCGUGAGCGUUGACAGCAGCGAGCUGGCGCUGAAGGAGGUCACGCUGACGCUGGAGGAGCUGAGUUGCGUAGUCGCUGAGUUCAGCGAGCCAAGAGCUGAGCUGCGCCGCAUCAGGGACGUGUUCACCAACAGCGUCGUCACGCCCCUGCAGCGCGCCCUUGGCUUCUCAUCGCCCCGGCGUUCUCUUCGGCAUGCGCGGCGUGAGGCGGCCAUGCCCGUGGUGGCGCCCACCCACAAGACCGUCAACGGUGGGCCGGUCCAUCCCGUGGACGUUUACCUCGGGGGCACUUACGUGCAACACGACGCAUGGCGCAACGACGUCGCCGAGCCGUUCCUGCGUAAACACGGCCUGACAUUCUGUUCCCCGUUCUGCAUCAACAACCAAUGCAAUAAUCAGUUAUUUACUCACACAAACUCCAAUACUGAGCUUCCGGUUUCCCCUGAUUUACACUCGAACUCCAACCCUCGGGAGGCGGAUAGCUGCCUUCCAGUGCAGAAAUAUCCUGUCAUGCACUGUAACUCCUCUUCGCGCGUUGCCUCCAACUCUUCAAGGUCUUCGUUAAAUUCCCAUGAUGUCGUGGAUGAAAACAGAACUAGCGUCACGGGGGAAUUCAGUUUACCAAGAAACACGUCACCCGACAGAAGAAAGAACAGUCGGAGUGUUGUGAACAACUGCAGAAAAAUGUCUGCUGAAGUAAGCACCGAUUCCUCUGAAUGUGCCUGCCUUUGUCCUGAAGUUCUUGAUGGAAACGGACGGCUGUUGCCGAGUGAAGCUGCCAAUGUUGACAAGUGUCACGUUCUGCUGUUUGUCAUCUCUAAUAAAACUAGAAGUGUUUCUGCCAUGGCUAUGGCUGCACACUACGUCGGGUUGGGUCGCAAGGUUGUGCUCUGCGUACAAGACUUGACCGUGGGUAGUCCAGUGGACGGGGAGAUGUUGUCCAAGUACGCGACGAAGGACUACAACCGCGGACGCAGCUACCUCACGGACCUGGCCCGCAAGGACGGCGUGCCCGUCUUUGAUGACCUCGCUGCCGCCCUCGAGUGCGUCGCCAAGAUAUGCGCAGAGAGAUAGUUUAUUGAGACCUGCAUGAUGGCUCAUAGUGAGCUGCAUGAUGGCUCAUAGUGAGCUACAUGACGGCUCAUAGAGACCUGCAUGAUGGCUCAUAGUGAGCUGCAUGAUGGCUCAUAGAGACCUGCAUGAUGGCUCAUAGUGACCUGUAUGAUAGCUCAUAGUGAGCUACAUGAUGGCUCAUAGUGAGCUACAUGAUAGUUCUCAGUGAUCUUCUGCAAGAUUCUAACUCACGAAGUCCGGCAGCUGGCACAAUUAUUAUGUUGGGUCGCCCGUCUUGUAACGUGCUAUGUUUCCCAACAUUACUGCUAGUGGUAUUAAGAUAUCGCAGCUUUAGCAAGUCGAAGGACGAUAGCUCUCUACUUCCAUGCUUUAUCUCUCACUGCAGGCAGCUUGGCACUUCUUUUAAUAGCGGUUAAGCAUAACGCGUCCAGAGCUCGUUAUUAUCCUGCCGAAAACACUAGUUUAUUUUUGUGAUGAGGCAGCUUGAUUUUUUAAGCGCCGAGGAUGGUUUCUCAGAGUAUAAAAUUUAUUCAAUUUCUGGGUCCAAAUAUUUUUUUAUAUUGCUAAGCCUGUAUGUUUCAUGAAAUGUAGCUUUUGUGAAAUGUUCCGUGCAUGCAAGAUGAAAUUGAAACCGGACGCGUUGAGGUAAAAUUUGUUUAAUACUCCAGCUACUUUUUGUCUUCACUCCAAUAAUUGUUGUCGUCGUGCAACGAGUAUAAAGUCUCAAGCGUACCGCCGAUCAUUCAGAUUUAUCCGAAUAAUUUAAUGCACAUGGUCCCUAAUUUACCUGAAUUUAUUCUCCUUGAAUAAUUUAUAGGAUUGAAUUAUUUAUUUCAUUACGAAACACAUCUUUGUCAGUUGUCCCUUCACUUUGUUCUGCAUAAUUCGAGGGGAAAGAUGUGGUUUCUACGUAACUCGUUUGGUCGACAUACUUAUUUCAAGAUGAAGAAUUGCUUACAAAUGUGAGGCAACAAUGUGAUUGUUGGCAGCAGUAAGUUCAUAUUAUGACUGAUAUGCUCUUGUAUUGAUAUAUUAUGUGCUGACGAUUUGCAAUUUGAAUUGACUGAUAAGUUGUGUUGUUAUAUUGAAGGCGAUUCAAUCCUGCAUUGCUGCAAAAUAGUUGGACUCUUUGAAACCAGUCCUCUGGUUGCCACAAGUAUAUGGGGUUUGACUUCUUACAUAACAAGAUGAUCUGUAAUUUCUGCUGUGCAGACUCAUUGACUUACGAGAUAUGUUGAUCUGAUAGAAUAAUUAGAAUUUACGGCAAGGCGAACAUUUCUAUUCCAUGUCUUGUAACUUCACUCGGCUGAGAAUUCGAGGUAUGAUGUGCUAAUUAGUUCUCAUGUAAUUUUCCUACUAAAAUCCUAAUUCACAUACGGAAAUGAACUCAGAGCUUGCCUAUAAUAGUAUCCUAGAGAUGUAUUAGUUUUAAUGUUAACGGAACAUGCGAAAUGUGUCAGGAAGUGUAUUGGUACGCAGCUUGUAUGCGCUGGCAAGGAACAAAGUACAAUAAAUAUGUUGACAGGUUACAGAGUUGGAUAUGAAACGUGUGCAAGUCCGUACAUUAUAUUGCAAUAGUAUCAUAGAUAGUGCUUUUGAUAUUUUGCUUCUUUAUACUCUUGCUUUAUUUGCUUAGGGUAAUUAAUGAGUCCAUAAGUUAAGCCUUCAAGCAUCCCUGGAUUUUAAACUGCACAGUUUGUGUCAGGCGCGAAUUUAAUCACAAAUGAGGUACAGAUUUAAGUCAUCAUAUAUUUUUACUAUUUGAUACACUUUGGGCUAUAAUGGGAUAAUUUCAGCACCCAAUAUUUUCUGCUACAGAGCAUUGGACUCCAUUGUUUCAAUUAUUAUAAGGAUAUGUUUCAAUUUGAUCGAGAUUCGCGGAAAUAUUGCGAGAAACGUUGGAGUUGGUCUUGGAAUCUCAUUGAAUUCGUUCAUUCAUUGAACCUCAUUCAUUCAUUGUGGUGAAUGAAUGAGGGUAUGGUAGGUGCGUGUCCGUCGUCUUUGUUUAGGCUAAGCUCAAACCUCUUCCAUAUUUCACAAGUGUUUGUUUCGUCCAUAUUAGAAGCGCUGGACAAAUUCAUCUGUUUUUAAUUGCUAUGUUUUUGGCUCAGUACUGAGCUCUGACGUUUUCUUAUUCCUGUGACUAACUCUUAUUUUAAUUGUUAUUUGAAAUACACUUUUCAUUUCCUUAAUUUAGGCAGCUUUUACUUAAGUUUUGUGUUGCUGGUUGAAAAUAUUCGGCAUUCUCUAGUAGUACAUACAAAUUGUCAUUUCAUCUGCAGACAAGCCGUGUCCCUGCCUUAAGUUCGAGCGGCCUCUCGUUUAUCUCGAAAAAUAUCAGGAUUUUAAUAUAUUCUGCGGAAGUCGUUGUACUCAUUUGUAUUUGUCUCAGCAUUAUUUAUUUCUUCCUGACGAUGUAUUAUUACUACGUAUAGAAUCUCAGAUUCCAGGGAAAUAUUAUUAUUUUGUGAUGUUCUUCUCACGUGUGCUGGUGUUACGACAUGACAAAGUAUUCCAGAACACGAACGAUGUGUGUUCCAUUCGCAUCUAGGCUUACUUGAUACGUAAGAUAUCAGAUUUGAUCGUAUCUAGUAUUACUAGAUGCGAAGAGGUUUGUUCUGUUCGCAUCUAGGCUUACUUGAUACGUAAGAUGUCUGUUAUGAACGUGUCUAGUAUUACUAGAUGCGAAGAGGUUUGUUCCGUUCGCAUCUAGGCUUACUUGAUACGUAAGAUGUCUGUUUUGAUCGUGUCUAGUAUUACUAGAUGUGAAGAGGUUUGUUCCGUUCGCAUCUAGGCUUACUUGAUACGUAAGAUGUCUGUUAUGAUCGUGUCUAGUAUUACUAGAUGUGAAGAGGUUUGUUCCGUUCGCAUCUAGGCUUACUUGAUACGUAAGAUGUCCGUUCUGAUCGUUUCUAGUAUUGCUAGAUGCGACGAGAUGCAUGCAUUCGCAUCUAGGUUUGCUAGAACCGCAUCUAGUUGUGUAUAAGUGUUGCCGUAGCAGCAUUCAGCACGUUAUAAGUGACAUACUCACGUGUCUCUGAUCUGAUUAAUAUAAGACUAUAGAAGGUUAAAUUAUAUAUAACAUAAAAUCAUGCAAGGCGGAAAGAUUUUUUAGUAAGGCCCUAAUGUACUUACAAUGUGGAUAUUAGCUCCGUGUGGAACAGAACUUUACCUCAAGUGUCUAAUUGUGUUUGAUGAUAUGGAAGACUAUGAUCUGAUCUCAUUGUAAAUGGUGUAAGCAUGUAUUAUGUCAACCCUCAAAGCGGGUGCCUAGCCUCCCUGUUGGGUGCCUAGCCCUGUGUUGGGUGCCUAGCCUCCCUGGUCCUGACCUCUCAGUGUAAUGGUCCUUGUACACAGGUCCAGUAGUGGCCGCCAGUACAACUGUCAAAUACCAAUAGCCACUAAUUAUCAUGCUACUGGCCUCAUUUAAAAGUUUACUUGGUCAUUUACCAGUAGCGCCAAUACACGAGGCCAAUAGCAUGGUAAAUAGUGGUGGUCAGUAUUUGAAAGUUGACGCCACUAUAUACUGUCCUCGUGUACAUUGACCUCAACGUCUCCCCGUCACCCUAUACGCCGCUCAAACUUUAUUCAGAACCGAAAAAUAGUUUAUUGUUGCCGAAAUAAAUAAGUAGCAUCCGGGGUAGUCAAGUAAUCUGAGCAUUAAUUUCGUGAAUGAUCGUCCUUUGCACUAGGUACAGUCACUCGAAAGUGAUGUUCAUCGUUCUGUAAAAUUACAGAUAUUGUAUUGAAGUGAAUGUUACAAUGAAAUAAUGAUGGUUAUCAUGUAUGAUUCAUGUAUCAUGUUCCGUCCAGAAGGAUAUGAUUACUGCCUGUGUUGGAGAUCAUGACCGGUGCUACCUAAUGUGAGUCGCAAUCCAAUUUGCCGUCAAUCGAAAUGUGACUUAUUUCCCGCAGGAAACUUUCGUAUCAAAGGGAUUAGUGAAAGUAAUACCAUGUUUGUUCUGGCAAGACUAUUUUGGUAAGAAGAUGAGAAAUUUUUUGAACCAAUGAUCUUUAUUGUGUUUCAUAUGGUUCUAACGUUUGAGCUUUUCUGAUGAUAUAUUAAAUGAGAGGUGAUGGACGCCACUCUUCCCUCUCUACGUGUACCUGCUAUCAAGCCUGUAGCCCGCACAUUCCUUUUAUUCUAAAUGUAUUUCUAUGAACUACUUUAAAA